UCCUCGACGGAGGCGGCAGGUGUCCGUCCCUCCGUCCGCGCGUCCUCUCGGCAGCCUCAGUCUUCUCGCCGCUUUGCCGACCAUGGUGUCCCGGCUGAGCGCCCUGCAAGAGGAGCUGCUCAAGGCGCUGCUGGACUCGGGCGUCUCGCGGCAGGCCCUGGUCCGCGCCGUCGAGGAGCUCAUGCCCGGCACCAGCGGCGGCGCACCGGCCCCGCGCUACGGCUCCGGCUCCGGCGGGGGCUUGGUCAAGCUGGAGGCUCUGGCCCCGGUCUCCCCCGCCGGGACCCAGGCCGAGGCUCUCCUCCAGCCCCUGAGCAACGGCAACGGAGCCGGAAAGGGCAAGCUGUCCGGGGACGAAGGCGCCUCCGAGGAGGACGGCGACGAGGACUUCGACACGCCGCCCAUCCUGCGCGAGCUGCAGGCCCUCAACACCCAGGAGGCCGCCGAGCAGCGCGCCGAAGUCGAGCGGAUGGUCAGCGAGGACCCUUGGCGGGCAGCCAAAAUGAUCAAGGGCUACAUGCAACAACACAACAUCCCUCAAAGGGAGGUGGUGGAUGUCACUGGAUUGAACCAGUCCCAUCUCUCCCAGCAUCUCAACAAGGGGACCCCCAUGAAAACCCAGAAGCGGGCGGCACUUUACACUUGGUACGUCCGGAAGCAGAGGGAGAUCCUUCGGCAGUUCAACCAGACAGUCCAGGGUUCUGGAACUAUGACAGACAAAAGCAGUCAAGAUCAGCUGCUGUUUCUCUUUCCAGAGUUUAACCAGCAAAGCCAAGGCGGGGGCCACUUGGACGACCCCUGCGCCGAAACGCCCAGCAAGAAGAUGCGGCGCAAUCGCUUCAAGUGGGGCCCGGCCUCCCAGCAGAUCUUGUACCAGGCCUACGACCGGCAGAAGAACCCCAGCAAGGAGGAGAGGGAGGCCCUGGUUGAGGAGUGCAACAGGGCAGAAUGCCUCCAGCGGGGCGUCUCGCCUUCCAAAGCACAUGGUCUGGGUUCAAAUCUGGUCACGGAGGUCCGUGUCUACAACUGGUUUGCCAACCGGAGGAAAGAGGAGGCCUUCCGCCAAAAGCUGGCCAUGGACGCCUACAGCACAGGCCAGCCCCACACUAUGAACCUUUUGCUCUCCCACAAUUCCCCACACCAUGUGCAGGCCAGCGCUUCCCCGCCAAACAAGAUGACAGGCGUCCGCUACAGCCAACCUGGGGCCAAUGAAGUCACCUCUUCCUCAACCAUUAGCCACCAUGGCAGCGCCAGCGCCAUGGUGACCUCCAGCCAAGCCAUCCUCCAGCAAGUCUCACCAGUCGGUUUGGACCCCAGCCACAGCCACGGCUUGCUUGCCCCGGACGGCAAAAUGAUCACCGUUUCCGGAGGCGGGCUCCCUCCGGUCAGCACCCUCACCAAUAUCCACAGUUUCCCGCAUCACAAUCCGUCGCAGUCUCAGAACCUCAUCAUGGCCCCGUUGUCGGGAGUCAUGGCUAUCACACAGAGCUUAAACAGUUCACAAGCGCAAACCGUGCCAGUCAUCAACAGCGUGGCUAGUAGCUUGGCUGCCCUCCAACCGGUCCAGUUCUCCCAGCAGCUGCACAGUCCUCACCAGCAGUCGCUCAUGCAACAGUCGCCCAGCCCCAUGGCACAGCCACCCUUCAUGGCCACCGUGACGCAGCUCCAGAACUCGCACAUGUACUCCCACAAACAGGAACCCCCUCAGUAUUCCCACACAUCCCGCUUCCCUUCGGCCAUGGUGGUCACGGAUACCAGCGGCAUCACUUCGUUGACCAACAUGUCUUCCAGUAAACAGUGUCCACUUCAAGCUUGGUGAUGCAGCUCCGAACACCAUCUACCACCCAGAAAUGGUUUUACCUUCAACGCCAUCCUGCCAGCGACUCUUGAUGGCGUCUUGGGGCCAGGCAUGUUGAAGAGGGGAGAGAUUGCCUGGCAUUGUUUGCACCAGGAAGCGCCAACUCAACCCAGUGCGAGGGCCAAAGACACAAAAACGGCAUCCACACAGAUCUGGUUCUCCAUGGCAGAGCUUUCCCCACAGUAUUCCUCCUUUUGCGUCUUAAGGAUUUUGAAAGUAUUUUCCUUCCCAAGGGCAUUGUUGUGAGAGGCGAAAAGAACAAAGAGUGGAGAAGGAGCUUGGAGAAAGUGUAAAGCAGAAGAUCAAUCGUAUUUAUAAAAGGGACGUUCCUCUGCUGGAAUGAACUGGAGAACGAGAGAGAAACCGGGGGCUUGAAAUGGAGGGGCUGUUGAACUGAGCCAACCGAUAUGUAUAUAUAGAGAGAGAUUCCCUACCUGCGGCUCCCUCCCUUCCCUUUUCCAUGACCAAUCCACAGAGAUUUAUAUUAAAGGAAAUCCACCUUUGUCCAAUGUA